GCCGGGGCUAUAGGGCCCUGCUCCGUGAAAUCUCGCGCGGAGUUCUUCAAAUCCCUUGCCGUUUGCUCAGUCCCAUUCGUUUCACUUUGUAGGCAAUAUGAACAGACUAGGCCUUCUGCACCCCUCGCAGCUCGAUGCUGAAGCCAAAAGGCUGUAUGACGCCUACCAUGAGUACACAACGAAUCGAUACGGCAAGGCCGCCGUCGCCUACAUGCUAGACGACGCCCGACUCACCGGCCCGUUCGGCGUCCAACUACACACGCCCCAAGUCGGCGAGCACGUCCUCGGACUGGCCAAGGCUCUGCGAAGCCUCCCCGGCCUGAGCGACACGAACCGCGAGAUCGCCAGCAUCGUCGUGGGAGUGCGGUACAACACGCGCUACGAACUGGCAAUGCACCAAAUGCUAGGCUGGAAGUUCGGGCUGGCGGCGGCGAGCAUCGACACCAUGCUGGCGGGGAAGAAGCCUGCGUCCUUCAACGCCGAGCAGAGCGUCGUUUUCGACGUGGCGCAUGAACUUGCGUAUGGGUCGGGAACGCUGCCGCAGGAUUUGUGGGAUCGUGCGGUGGAGGUGUUAGGGCGGCCGGGGACGAUUGCUCUUGUUCAGUACGUUGGGUUCUACAGCUAUGCGUGUACGAUUCUGAGGGGAUUUGACGUUGAGAUUCCGGUCACGGACCGGUUGGGACGGGGCCAUUUAUCCAAAUGAGCGGUUGUUCGUCCAGUGCAUUUUGUUUUCGAAGGUAAAUGAUUAGAAUAU